GACUAGCCAGAAAUUGUCUUGUAAAAAGUUUGGGGUCGUCGUCGCAAAACCUUGGUUAAACCUCUCGUACCCAGAGGCUUCAACUCAAUCCUCUGAAGACUUCACAGAAUAGAGAAAGAGAAAGAACAUGUUGGGAAGGCGAUUCCUAAGUUCAAUUGUGAAGCGCAACAAGUAUUCUUCAUAUCACAAUCACCAACCCUUAAUAAGAACAACAAAACCACCCUCUUCUUCCUCUUCAUCCACCCAUGAAACCAUCAAGCUUCUCUCUCCUCCCAUCAUUGCUAGGCACUACUUCAUCAAUGCUUUUCGUCAUCGUCCCCUUCUCAAGGGACAGAAUGUGCCUUGUUUCAGGAGCUUUUCUAGGACAGCCUCUGUUGGAGCUGAGCAGAAAGAAGGGUUGAAACUGCUUGUGAAUGGGGGUGUUCAAGCCCAGAAAGCGGUUGGAACAUGGCUAUUUUGCUCAGCCGCAUGGGUGUUUAGUUUGGUGGUACUUGGUGGCAUUACCAGGCUCACCAGAUCCGGUCUUUCCAUGACCGAUUGGAAGUUCACUGGUACUCUCCCUCCGAUGUCUGACGAGGAAUGGCAUCAAGAAUUUGAGAAAUAUAAGCAGUCGCCUGAGUACAAGCGUGUUAACAAAGGGAUGAAACUUGAAGAUUUCAAAUUCAUAUAUUGGAUGGAAUAUGCACAUAGAAUGUGGGGAAGGGCACUGGGAAUUCUGUUUGUGUUGCCUUAUUCAUAUUUUCUCCGGAAGGGGUACAUUACAGUGAAAUUGGGACUGAGACUCUGUUCUCUGUUUGCUCUGGGUGCGGGGCAAGGUUUCAUUGGCUGGUGGAUGGUUAAAAGCGGAUUAGAGGAACCACCAUCAGAGUAUGUGCAACCAAGGGUAAGCCCAUAUCGUCUUGCAGCUCAUCUUACGUCGGCAUUUGCUAUUUAUUGUGGUCUCUUUUGGACUGCAUUAUCUGUUGUUAUGCCUGAACCACCAGCUGAAUCACUAGCGUGGGUUCGUGGGGCUGCCAAAGUGAAGAGACUUGCAUUACCUAUCAGCUUACUUGUCGGUCUUACUGCUAUCUCGGGUGCCUUUGUUGCUGGAAAUGAUGCUGGGCAUGCAUUUAAUACAUUUCCGAAGAUGGGUGAUACAUGGAUACCUGAUGACAUUUUUGAAAUGACACCUCUGAUUCGGAAUUUCUUUGAGAAUACGUCAACUGUGCAGCUUGACCACCGUAUACUUGCCACUGCAUCUCUACUUUCAGUCGCCAUUUUAUGGUUGUCGACAAGAAAGCUGGACAUACACCCUGCAGUAAGAGCACUGAUUGGGGGCACUCUUGGCAUGGCAGCUCUUCAGGUGACCUUAGGAGUUUCAACACUUCUCUCAUAUGUACCUGUUUCACUGGGAUCUGCACAUCAAGCUGGUGCCUUAACACUUCUUUCAUUUAUGAUAUUGCUUAACCACACAACUCGAAAGCCUUCAUUAUCCCUUCUCAAAUCAUUACCUGCAGUUGUCAAAUCACAAAACUUCUGAUAGUAUCUAUAUUACUUGACAAGGGAAUUGCUAUUAUUUUCAAUUUACUUGAUAAAGUUUUCAUUGAAUCUGGAAAAUUCAUGAUGGUACCACCAAUCUGUUAACUGUAUCAUCUGUGUGAUUUAUGCAUUAAAAGUUAGUAGAGAAUCAUCAUGUAAUCUAAUGUUUCUUACCUUUUUUUCCCUUGUUAUUUCUUACUAUUACUUUUGAUACAUGCUUAGUUCAGUAUAACAAAUAAAAAUG